AUGCUCGUCCGUCAGAAGUCAGAACACAAAAUGAGUGUUGACGACGAGCUGGAGAACAUGAACUGCACCGAUGCUGCUGGUCGUGGCAUUAGCAGUGGACGUGAUCGAAGGGAUGGUCAUGCUUAUCUAAAUGAUGGUGGGAACAUUAUUGGGGAAGAAUCCAAUCUCGUGCAGGGAACUGUUGUAGACGGAAGCAGACGACCGCCACCUGUUCCGUCAAACUCGCAAUACCUGCAUUUGGCGCAAUCAACUCUACCACCACCAAUGCACUCCUUGACUACAGAAGAAAUAAGUGAGGGUCAAAAGCUUUUUGGUGGUCUAGUGGAGCUCAUAGAGCUCAUAGAAAACCAACGGCAGCCAAACACUCUCGACAACACGGAAAAUGGAAGCAUUACAACGCUCAGCUUUCCUGGAGCUCACCCGGUGGUCGGAUUGAGAAGCAGUAAUGAUGACUCUGGAAGCAUCAAUCGCGACGCUACCAUAGGAGAGCACUCCGUUCAUGUUGUUCGAGAAGAUGUCAUUGAGGCUUCAGUCUCGGCCAGUGACUACGUUCAUUGGAAGUCAACAUGGCUUUCUUUGCUGUAA